AUGGAAGAACAAAGUUCCAUUGGGUUUGACUGGUCAAUAGAAGCUAACAAACUGAUUGAGUUCCGUGACAAAAUAGUUGCUGAACUUAAAGACGAUGAUCUUGCAUUAAAACGUUUACUCAUUGAAAGAAGAAUCAGAGCAGCUUCUAAACAGCAUCUGCUAAAUGAAUGUGCAUAUAUGCGUGGUCGAAUAGAUCAGGUAACAUCCGCAUAUCUGGAAAGUGUCUAUAUGGAUUAUAGCAGGCUGAAAAGUGCGGGUGUGGCAUAUGCCUACGAAAAUGGGUCAACCCAUGAGGCGAUAGAAACGGAACGCACAUCUGACAAAGAAACGUCAGAAACCCCCGAAUGGCUCGCAACUUCCAUGGGAGGGCUAAUUGCUAAGGAACUAAAUGGUGAGAAAGGUGCUGAUACUGUUCAGCAUGUUACUAAGAACCUAGAACUGGUGGAAAAUGCUCGCAAAAACGCAGAUCUCGUUAAAUCCAUGCUAUCACCUACUGAAGAGCCUCGAAAGCGCCGUGAACCUGAUAAUGAUGACUACGAGGUUGUUCAGGAUGAAAUCAACCAGAACACUUUUGAAAGAGGUAAAGCUAGACACUUAGAACCACAUAUUAUGUCCUCGCGACAAUAUGAGCGCCUCCAACCUAUUUGCGCGAAUCAGAUAGACUACCAAAACUUUGCAUUUAAUACUCAUGGAGGGAUGGUUCCCUGCCCAACUGUCCCAUCUGUGGCCCCCCUGCACUCCCCUCCUCCGAUCUCCAUUCCGAGCAUCCCUGUGAAGACUACUAGUGGAAUUAAAAAAACUAGGUCAGGAACACUUUCACCGCGAAACCAGAAAGCCUCACAACAUAACAACCAAAGUGUAUCUAUCAAAGUCCCUAAGGCACUUCGAAAAAUGGAGCACGUUGCCCGCAAACAUGGACUUUGA